GAUGAAUUUAGCGGUAAAGAGUGCCAAAUUCCUACUCGAUGCGGCUGUGUGGGAAGCGCAGACAGAACUGCUAGAGCUCCGAUUGCAGGUGCUUCUGCACCUUCUGCCACACAUCGAGGAGAUACCAGUAUCCGCGGAUCUGGUGGCAGCUUCUGAGAGAGAUGUACUCGAAGAUGUUCCUGCGAAAAAUUCGGCACGUGGUCACCAGUAUCGCACGGAAGUACGGGCUCUAUGCUUGCUCGCGUUGCAGGAUAACAUUUUUGUGGGAGAGAAGCGUUGCUCUUGCAGAGUUCUAAUGGCCAUGGGAUUCCCAAAGUCAGACUUCGAAUCCAGCGCCCAGCUCUUCGACACUCUUGUGGCUUUACUACUGGAGCUUUCAUCUGCUUCAACCUGCUCGCCAGCAAUGCUAUUGCCUGGUGAAGAAGAAGGUGUGGCUGAAGCUGCGCAAACAAGGGAAAGAACACGAGAACAGCCACAGCAAGAUGAACUACAUAAGAAUUCUUCAUCGUGCUCUAGCUCUUCCUCGCGUGGCGGAGGGCAUUCGUCGUCUGCCAGUAGGUCAUCAUCUGCGGUUGACCUGGCGGGAGACAAGAAGCAGGAGAACAAAAGCAAGAAGACUAGAUCACCGACGCCAAGGAGUAGCCGUGCGCUCGCCAUGGCCAGGAGAGGAGCGAUCGCACAAAGGGACGAGGAGGAGAGCACAGAGGAUCUCGUUGGCAAGACGCUGGACCAUCUUCUCGUUGGCAAUCUGUGGUUGAUAUACCACGCUCUCUGGAAAUUUACUACGUCGGCUUUCUCUUCGUCAUACAACAAUUCAAAUAUUAAUUAUGCGUCGUCUUCUACCAGUCUCUCUACUCCUUGUUCUGGGCGGCCUCAAUCGCAAACAUAUGAGCGCAUAAAAGCAUUAGUUGCGAAAAAGCUACUUGUCGGUUUCAACCGCGGCGCCUUCUCGUCUGCGGUGUUUCUGGAGACUAACGGGCCGCAAGUACUCGCGAGUUUUGUUGCGUCGCAGAAUCGCCGAUUCGGGCUAGCCGAGAGUUUAUGCGUGGGCAUUCUCGUCAGAGUGAUGGAAGAAAACCCUUCCUCGAUCGUACCACAAAUCCUAUUUCAAGAAAAGAAGAGCGAAUCCGUCGCUUUAUCUGCAGCAGGACCACUAUGCGAACUCGUCGCGGCAGCACCUGGCAGAGAGAACGCAACGCUAGAUGUCGGAGGUGAUGGUAAGUCAACAUGACCUUCUCUGGUAAUUCAAGUCCUUAGUAUUACGAUCUACUGUGCUAACAACUAGCACUAGGUUGCUGUUGCAAUUGUCCAGUUUUGAAAAAUCUACCAAAGAAGAUAAAGCAGAUGAGCAAUUCCUAUAUUUAAUGUGAAAAGUAGUCUCGCUCACCAGCUCUACAAAUUUCAAAUGAUUCUGCCGGGCAGGAGCAGCUCCGUCUCGACUCCAAUCUUUGUUGGGAUGGUUAGACUCGCUCUGUUUGAAGGAGCAAUCAGACCAGCAUCAAGAGGAUCCAGCAGAGGACGAGGACGAUGACGAUACGAGUGCCUACGUCGCCCGAAACGCACUGCUGUGGAUCUUGGGUAUACCGACACUGCCCCAAAUCAGACUAUAUCUGGUGAGGCUGUCAGCUAAAGUAGUGAUCCAGCGAAUACUAGAGUUUUUCGAACUCGCAUUGGAUUGCGUCGAGCAGGUGGGGAAAGAUGACGUUGCGUACGGUACUAACUCUGUAUUUUAAGGAGCUAGAAGAGGUGCUGGUUAUAGUAGUUCUGUAAUCGAUAUCGAGGACGUUGAUGUAUUUAUAACUACUUCUAGUUCUAAUCCAGGACACGACAUAAACAUAAUGUAUCCUUGCCGGUUCUACAAAAAGUAAAAACAGGAUCUAGAUAUAUAGGCUUGGGGAUGAACUUUUUUCAAUGUUUUGAUGUACAAUGAACAACGAGAUGAUUGACGGAAACCCAAAAAUUAUAUUUGGCAGGUGUCAUCGGCAUGCAAGUGGAUAUUGCCGGUCCGCCAUUUGGCGAUGUGGUUGAUGGUGAUGUCGAGGACGGCGAGACUCUCCGACAAUAUGAUCGAGAUUUGAGUCGUGCCGAGGUCGUCAUGCCAUUCAAUUAUGCUCUUGCUGAACGUGGCAGUGGCUACAACAAUCGGACAUCUACAACUGCAUCUGCAGGUGAUGAAGAUAAUUCUGCUGCCUCAACAGGAGGAAUGAAGUGGUGGCCUCUGCUUGAGAGCUGCUUUGUCGUCCUCCGAACCCUGUUAGAACAUUGGGAUGCCACCUCUGGUAUACAACGACAAAAGAAUAUCAACAAGAACAAUAACCUAUGAAAGGAAAAAUCGUACUCAUACUCAAGAAACUAGGCAUGCCCUAAGUAGAACACUGCCUCUUUUCUCGAUUAUGAGUACAUUUAUUUUUCCUUUCAUAUAAGCAAGGCCAAGAACAUGAACAACAAGAUGAUCAUCUUGAUAAUAAUGUUCCGGAUCAACUAAUUGCCCUUGGGUUUGUAGACCGGCUCUUCGAGCUGUUUGAAAUUCCUCCGGAGCUGCUGACGGAAUCCUUAUCAGCUAUAGCGCAGGAAUGUUUGAAGCUGUUGUUGAAGAAGAAUUCAGACAUCUGUCUGUUUUCUCUGAACCAUUUUGUCGAUCACUUUUUGCAAUCGGAACAGCAUCAUCUACAAGCCUCUACAACUAGUUCCUCAGCUAUUGGCUUUUUAGCAGCAGCUUCAGCUAGUACAAGUACUGUCACUACGACUACAAAAAAAAUUAGUGGUCGAGCCUUUUUUCUGGAGCUUGCUUGUAGUGCCUUGGAGGAAGCUGACUUCUUCGUCGAUACUAACGAGUUUCUGCAUACGCCAGCUAACAAGGGCACGGUGGAACACUUUCAUGCUGGUGGAGAGAAGUUUCGUUUAGCUUAAGGCACUUAACAGUGAAUCGCUUCUAAAACUAUAACUAGAAAUUAUUCAAUUGCAUUUGCAAGGGCAAGGCCACCUGGCUGCUCAUGAAUUUUUCCUACUCUCAACCACCCUUGAUCUUGAUCUUCUUGGCAGUAAGAUAAAAACACCAGUCAGGAGCAGCCCCCUUAAAAGUAAAAAAGUCUUAAUACUCCUAACAACUGUCCACCUCGUUCCAACAAGAAUAAGGAUGCGAUUGAAGGGGUCUUGCUUCUAAUCAAUUAUCUUGCGGAAUCUCAUAGAAGUGUUCAAGAAAUUGAAUUCAUCGCCGGCGUUGCAGACGCGAUUGCGACGGACCUUCGCGACACUGUUCGAGCAGGCAUCGAGUUGCAGUCUUUAUCUCUGCGUUUUACAGCACUACGAAAGUUAUGGAGAUAACUUUAUCAAUAUCUACUUCUCCUUCAUCUUGAAUAAAUACCGAUACCUCUCUGCCAGUUGCACUUGUGCCCACGUGGAACAAGAAGGAUCUUCAACUCACAAGAGAAACCAGAAACUAGUGGAGGUAGCUCCACUACUAGAAUUAUGGCCAUCAAGUAAGUCAGGAUGUUUCUAGGAUGGGACGACCACCUAGGAUGGACUAGGUGGACUUGGGUGGACGAAAUGUCUAAGAAACUGAGGCGGACCAGCUUCAAGGCAAGGGAGGUGCAUUUUCAUCAGAAACUACAUCGAAUAAAGCGACACUUCCAUUGUUGAUCGAGAUGGAAGUUCUAAAAGCCAUUGCUCGAUUGAGUUACUGGAAUCCUUCUAAGGACUCGAAAACGGUGCACAUGCUUCUCCCGGUUCUGGUACUCGAGGAAGUUCCAAUUGUUACUUACUAGAUCGCAAAUUUAUCGAUAUCGAUUUCUUUGAAAAAACCAAGCAACAUUGACAUCUUCGACAUCCUCCGUUCAUAAGCAUCUACACUAGUAUAGCUUUUUUUUAAACUACAAAUCUAUGACUAUGUAGUAUUUUAUGUUUAUUGUCGACAUCUCCUCCACCAUAUCUACUCCAGAUCGAUUCCAUUCGGGAAUCCUUAACCGAGGAGUAUGUUUCAUUGGUUUUGAACGCAGUUCUGCAUCUCAUGUUGCUGGAUCCUACAAUCGAGAAAGCCACUGGUUCCGCUGUCUUAUCCGGGUGCGCUGCGGCUUUUGCAAGUAACGAAAUGAAGCGAAAAAGCAUCGAGUCGGCUGAACAAGGCGCAUCAGAUGUUGUUCUUUAAGGGAAUCAGUAGAGACUUUUUUGUUAUAACUCUACCAAAUCAAGUCUGUCAGGAGUAGGAGAAGUGUAUCUACAUAUUUGAUGUUCUGUAUCUACUCUGCAUCCUUGUUGUCGUAAUGCAUAGCUGUAUCUUAGUCGUUUUUCUGAAGAAAGAAUCUUCAUCAAGCAAAUAACCCAAGAGCUCUGCAUCAAGGACUACUUCUAAGCUAUGCUAGAAGGCGGCCUUGGAUUGUUUGAGGAGGAGGAAGCAGAGGAGGCGCGUCGGAGCGAGAGAGAAGAGGCAGUCAGCUUUGUUAUGAAGGUGAUGCAGCGGUUUCCGACUUCAGAUAGAGUAGGGACGAAAGCGCAGUAUCUUCUUACUGCAGUACUAGAACGUGGAGGCUCAGGCUGACGAGGAACAUGCAGUUGCAGCAAACAAGUUGUCCAUGGAUAAAACUAGUACACGUACUAGUAGUGAUGUGUCUACCUCUGCAGUACGCUGAUCGCGCUGGAAGUACAUAAACAAGCCAGCACAAGUACGCCUUACUUUACUACUAGGGCGGAUGAAACCCGCGAGGGGGCCCUCGCUCGUGCUGUGAUGCGUGUUCUCAGAGAUCAGAGACUUUUUUUUUCCGUUCAAUGGUCCAACAAUAUGAUGGAUAUAUCUUUUUUUCCGAACGACACACUUGUUCUCAUUGUAGUUUUUAAGUUAGUUUAUACCUAGAGCUAGAACUGAAGUAUCUCAAAGAAUCUCCGUAUCAGCGCUGUGGUCUUGAAGAUGAUGUUCCACUCAGCUGUACUUGAAAGAUGGAAAAUUAUCAUUGUCCGUGCCGACGGUGGCGGCCGUAAUGAGCAGCCGUGUUAGCAUGCUACCCGUAUUUUCUACAACUUCUGUUGGGCGCAGCGAAAAAAAAUUGCAUGGGCCACUCGCGUAAGAGCUCGAGCAACCUGAGAAACUUGACCCGAUGGAUACUCCCAGGCCAAUUUUGCCUGUAAUUCUAGUAUGUGAAGAUGAGCGUAAGAAAAAAUAGGUCAACAU